AAGCUAACUAGCAGAGUUGACGCGAUUAACCGACUGGAUUAUUAAUUGUUUUAAAAAUGGGAAUAGCCGACGAGGCUGACCGGACUCUGUUUGUUGGGAACUUGGACCCCCAAGUCACAGAAGAAGUUAUAUUCGAGCUGUUUUUACAGGCUGGGCCAUUGAUCAAGGUUAAAAUCCCUAAAGACAAUGAAGGAAAGUCAAAACUGUUUGCAUUUGUAAACUUCAAGCAUGAAGUGUCAGUGCCCUAUGCCUUGAACUUGCUGAAUGGAAUCCGUCUGCAUGGACGACAGCUCAACAUAAAGUUCAAAACCGGCAGCAGUCAUAUUAAUCAAGAAGGCAAAAGUCCAGCAAACUCUCAAAACCCCAGUCCAGCAAAUACACCGGGUCACCGUGGCGGAAGAACCCCAGAGCAGAUGGGCUCUCCGUCUUACUCUCCUCCACAGCACAUGCAGAGGCCUUUCUCUUCACCAGACACUCUGCAAAGACAGGCCAUGAUGAACAACAUGUGGCAGGUUCAGAUGCAGCAGUUGCAAAUGCUCAGCGGAACCUUCCAGCAGGGCAUGCAGCAGCUGCGGGGGAACGCAGACGGAGGCUGGUCUGGGCACCGCGGGCAGCGCCACUCGCCCCAGGACAACAACAACCAUCAGGGCAGAGAUCAGCGGCACGGAAACGGAGCAAAUAACUAUGAGCGGAAUCGGCGAGAUGGGCAGCGGGGCGAUUUCUAUCACCAUGAUGACCGCAGUGGAGGACACAACAGAAACUACCCCCCCGACAGACGGAGAGACUCCAGAGAGGGACGAUGGAAACACUUUUAAACUUCAGUUGCGUUUUACUUUAGUUUUUUAAUUAACUGUUUUUAUAAUCUUUUGUUACUCCUUUUUAAUUUUUAUGUGACAUAUUUUGGUGGACUGCGUCUUACCAUUUUUAAAAAAAAGAAUGUUAAGCAGUGCGGCUGUAUAGUGAAAAGAAAUGUGAUUUUUGAAGAGACGCAAGAACAAAAGGUGAAUAAGCAAUUGGCCUUUUUUUGUGCUGGCCUGUUUUUAACAUAUAUUUGGGUCUCAGGUGGAUACCUGUUUAUAUUAUUUUAUUAUUAAGAAUGUCCUUUUUGGGAAAAAAAAAACAUUUCUGUGUAACCCUAAAAAUUGAUGUGCUGGUGGAAUCUUUGUGUUCAACAUUUGUAAUUUCUCAGGAUUUCUCAUUCUGAUUAUUAUAUAUAUAAAAAAGUUAGCAAAUGCUUUUUUUUUAAAGAACAAACAUUGUUUUUUUUUAAGUUUCUAAAUGUCCUGGAUGAGACUGUAGGCUGGUGUUGACUCUUAAAUCUUCCAGACAUCUGAGGAAUUCCUUGUUUUAAUACUUUUGUAAAUACACCAUUUUUAAUGUCCA